AUGGCCGAUGCAGGUUACUCGACUGCUGCUGGUCCUUCUGAGGAGCAGCCGCAGCCGCAGGUGCAGAUCUCGUCGGGUGAGAAUGCGGAGGAGGUUCAGGAGGGAUUGAAAGCGUUGCUUGAGAAGGGGUGGGUGUUGGAUGGGGAGGGGAUGGGGAUCCAGAAGACGUUUUAUUUUCGGACUUAUUUCAAGGCUGUGAGCUUUAUGAAUGUGGUUGCCUCACAGAGCGCGAUAAAGAAGCAUCAUUCUACCAUGACCGUUAGGAUUGGAAGUGUGGAUGUGCAUUGGACGACGCAUAAUCCGCGAGGACUGUCGUCGAAAGACAUUGCUAUGGCGCAGCAUUGUGACGAGGGAGCGCAGUUGAUGGGGGCUGUUACCGAGGCGGAGGGGAAGAAGUGUUCACUGCCCAAUGUGCCUUUGAUGGGGUCUCCUUCGCGUUGA